AUGUCUGACUCUGCAGCCAACAUCAAGAUAUUGAUUGCCACUUUGCAAACCGAUUUUGUUCAGAAUUUCGACUAUUAUGAAAAACUGCACGGGUUGAAGCCCAAGAUCAAGCUUCAAGACUCAAAUCCGAUCGCUGAACUGAAAAAACUAUCACAGAUACUUAAGGCCCAUUCCACCAAAAUCGGGAUCGUCUCGCAUCCUGACAAAUUCCACAACAACCUAGACGCGGCUUUCAAAGAACUCCAGCUUUUCGCUAAUGCUGUGUUUUUCUUAAUCAGUCUAUUACCACUAUUCUACCAGGGCCAAUUCACACAAUAUUUCACAAGUCUGCUUGAUGCGAAUAUUCUCGGCCUUUUAAAUGGCAUUAGUGGUUUGUGUGACGACUUAAGCCAGCUUUUAGCCACACCGUUCGAUAAAUUAGCAAGUGAUGCCUCCGGUGACAGCACAGAAGAUUCAAAUUCUACUCCAGCAAGACUGAUCUCAAUUGGCAAAAUAUGGGCUGCAUGCGACUCGAUGCUGGAACUGGCCACCAUGGGAAAUCUGGGUCUGCUGAACCAGAAAAUUCAAGUAAGCGCCAAGCUUGUGGGUGACACUUUAUCUGAGGUAGAAGAAUGGCUCUUAGAACCGCGAGUUGAAUCCGAUGAUCCGUUUGGACUGGACAGUGACUCUGACAACGACGAAAGCGGCAGCACUAGCGAAACUGAGCCUCAAGAGGCACCCAAGGAAAUGAUACAAUUUGUUCAAGACUGGCAAUCAAAAUUAAAGAUGAUUCGUCUGCUGCUGCAGUCGUUUUCCAAAUCGAUUGCCUCGAAUGACUACAAAAACAAGGAGCCCACGGCUUCGCAGCUCGAUAAACUCAACGAGCUUCACAAACGCAUUGUGGCGGAGAUCGACGAAUUGGUGUCCUCCACUUUUAUGGCAGGUCAAGAUUUCGACGCCGAAGACGAGGAGAUUCAGGACUUGAAGUUGCAACUGAACACCGCUGUGCGAGAGAUGGCCAUAAUCAUCAAGGCCUUGAACAAGGAUGACGAAAAGAAGGGCAAGUGGAUACAAGUUUGGUAUAACAAGUACUUUAGCUAG